AUGAAAAUUUCUAAAUCUCUUUAUGCUGCAUUCAUUGCUACUGCAGUCGCAGCUCCAAUUGCUGAGCCCGAAGCUGCGGCGGUUGCUUUUGCUGAGGCCAAGGCUGGUCCUGAAGCCUCAAAAGUGAGAUCCUACAUUGUUGAGAGAGGAUUGAAGAGUACAAGUUCUGGUGCUACAGGUGGAUCUGGUAGUGGUGGUGCUGGUGGAUCUGGUACCGGCGGUUCUGGUGGAUCUGGUACUGGAGGUAAUGCUUCUGGUUCUGGAUCUACUGGUGGAUCUGGUACUGGUGGUGCUGGCGGUUCCGGUACUGGUGGAUCUGGUGGAUCUGGCACUGGUGGUAGUGCUUCUGGUUCCGGAUCUACUGGUGGCUCUGGAACUGGUGGUUCUGGAGGCUCUGGUACUGGUGGAUCUGGUGGUUCCGGUACUGGCGGUAAUGCUUCAGGUGGUGAGGCUGUCGUUACUGUUACCACAGCUGGUCCUACAGUAACUUCAACCAUUUCUAGCUCAAGCAGUGCUACAGCAGCUUCUACAACUUCUUCUAGUUCUGCAGCUCCAACCAGCACUAGUAAGUCUAAGGGAAAAUGGUCUAACUCAGGCAAAACCAACAGUGGCUCCAGCUCCAACAAUUCUUCUUCUGGAAACACUGGCGGUUCUGGUACUGGUGGUGCUGGCGGCUCCGGUACUGGUGGAUCUGGUGGCUCUGGUACCGGCGGUAAUGCAUCUGGUUCCGGAUCUACUGGCGGCUCUGGAACUGGUGGCUCUGGAGGCUCUGGUACUGGAGGCUCUGGUGGUUCUGGCACUGGCGGUAAUGCUAGCGGAUCUGGAUCUGGAUCUACUACCACUUCUAGCGCUGCUCCAACCACGACUUCAAGUGCUUCUCGUACCACUACUUCUUCUUCCAGUGCUGCUCCAACCACGACUUCUAGUACUUCUUGUACCACGACUUCGAGUGCUUCUCGUACCACGACUUCCAGCGCUGCUCCAACCACUACUUCUACUUCCAGUGCUGUUCCAACCACUUCUUCUUCCAGCGCUGCUCCUACCACCACCUCUUCAUCUAGCGCUGCUCCUACCACUACUUCUUCAUCUAGCGCUGCUCCUACCACUACUUCUUCAUCUAGCGCUGCUCCUACCACUACUUCUUCAUCUAGCGCCGCUCCAACCACUACUUCAAGUGCUUCUCGUACCACUACUUCUUCUUCCAGUGCUGCUCCAACCACUACUUCUACUUCCAGUGCUGCUCCAACCACUACUUCUUCUUCCAGUGCUGCUCCAACGACUACUUCUUCAUCUAGCGCUGCUCCAACGACUACUUCUUCAUCUAGCGCUGCUCCAACCACUACUUCCAGCGCUGCUCCUACCACUACUUCUUCAUCUAGCGCCGCUCCAACCACGACUUCAAGUGCUUCUCGUACCACUACUUCCAGCUCUGCUCCAACCACUACUUCUACUUCCAGCGCUGCUCCAACCACUACUUCUACUUCCAGCGCUGCUCCAACCACUACUUCUACUUCCAGUGCUGUUCCAACCACUUCUUCUUCCAGCGCUGCUCCAACCACUACUUCUUCAUCUAGCGCUGUUCCAACCACUACUUCUUCUUCCAGCGCUGCUCCAACCACUACUUCUUCUUCCAGCGCUGCUCCAACCACUACUUCUUCUUCCAGCGCUGCUCCUACCACGACUUCAAGUGCUGCUCCUACCACGACUUCAAGUGCUUCUCGUACCACUACUUCUUCUUCCAGUGCUGCUCCAACCACGACUUCUAGUACUUCUUGUACCACGACUUCGAGUGCUUCUCGUACCACGACUUCCAGCGCUGCUCCAACCACUACUUCUUCAUCCAGUGCUGCCCCCACUACUACUUCCUCUUCCACCCCUACUUCUUCCAGUUCUGCCACUGCUUCUCCUACCUCUAGCACCAACAACGGAACUGGUCAAGGCCAGGGUUCCGGCAAAGGUACCGGUGGUGGCUCUACCAGUGCUGGCAACGGAUCUGCCUCUGCUGAAGGGAACUCUCAGAGUAAUGCUGACGCUUCUGGGCAAGGCAACGGUGGCAGUGCCUCCGGAACUGCAGGUGUUGGCACGGGUACUGGAACUGGUAACGGUAACAGUAAUGUAAACGCUGCUAUUUCUACUCCUGGCGCAUCUGCUUCUGGCGGUGGCACUACCAACACUAAUGGCUCUGGUACUGGUACUGGUAAUGGCUCUGGAAGCUCUGGUACUGGUGCUGGUAACUCUACUGCAAAUGGUGAGGGUACUGGUAACGGUAAGACUUCUUCUGAUUCAAAUGGUUCCAGUGCUAAUGCCUCUGGAUCUGGCUCUGGAUCUGGUGCUGCUACUGGUACUGGCACCAGCACUGGUGCUGGAUCUCAAGGCUCUGGUACUGCUUCUGGCACCGGUACUGGCACCGGUACUGGCAAUGCUGGAACCAGCUCCAGCGCUGCUCCUGACACUUCUAAGACUGGUAGUGCAUCUGUUUCUGCCUCAGGUUCUGGUUCUGGUUCCGGUUCUGGUUCUGGCUCCGGUUAUGGUGGUACUGAUUCUAACUCCUCUGGCACUGGUACAGGUACAGGUACCGGUACCGGUUCUGGUUCUGGCUCGGGUUCUGCUACUUCUGGUGGUGUUACUGUUUCAGCUUCUGGCGGUGGCUCUGGUACUGGUACUGGUACUGGUACCGGAACUGGCAGCAAUGGUGAUGGUACUGGUUCAGGUGCUGGCGCUGGCGCUGGCUCUGGCUCUGGUUCUGGUGCUGCUGCUGCCACUGCUGCUGGUGCCAACGGUGCAACUGCUGCUUCAGGUUCAGGUUCAGGCACUGGUACUGGCACUGGUACCGGCUCUUCUACAGAUAAGAGUUCUGGCACUGGCACUGGCUCUGGUGCAGGCACUGGCAGUGGUUCCGGCUCAGCUGUUAGCAACAAGAGAUCUUAA